UUGGAUCACACUCCCACCACCUAGCACAAACAGUAGUAGAUGCAAUCUCUCUCUCUCUCUCUCUCUCUCUCUCUCUGGGGUCUCCAACGGAAAAGAAGGCCCAGAAAAUAGAAAAAAGGGAUUCACUUUCCCUUUUACCAAACGAGGGAGAGAAAGUGAAAGCCUGAGUUUUGUUCCUUUGGAUUCCUCCGCUUUGAUCUCUCACGCCACGCUCGCUGCUCCUUCCUCCCUGUUUCUUGUGAUCUGGGCUCUGUAAAGCCAGGCCAGGCCAGAACAGUUUUUAGUGGGUUUGGUUUUGAUUUUUGUUGGUUUAAACUCAAUAUGGGUAAUUAAUUCGGAAAAGCACCGCGGGUCUCUCUCUCUCUCUCUCUCUCUCUCUCUUCUUGUUUCGUUUUUGUGGUGCAUGUUAUCAUGAGAUUCGGUGGACUUGGAGGUUGUUCAGGUCGUGUUUCUGGUACAGAUUAUUAAUCUUUGGUGGGUCUCUGCCCUCUUACGAUUUCCUUUGUUGUUGUUUAUUGUGAUAGGUUUUCAUAAUUUUGGUAAUAGCUGGAGCAUAUUUGGUUUUACUCCAUACCCUGUAUGAUACAAAGAAAAUAAUUGAAUCGUAGACUUAGAUCCAAUGAUUGUUUAAAUCCUAAUUAUUUGUCAAAGGGAGCUGCCAUUGUUCUGUCCUCUCCCUUAUCUCCAGCAACCCCAUACUGGGAUUUUCAGUGUUGGUUUAUUUUGCUUGAUCCUGGAAUAGUUUCAGAGAAAGGAGCACUGUUUCCGAACAAAAGGGUAUUUUUUCCUCCCAAUUCUGUUUGAGUUUUUGAGUUUGAGAGCGAGACCCAUCUGGCUAUUGUGGAGAUCUGGGACUUGUUCCAUCUCUUAUGUCCCAUGAGGACUUUCUUCCCCUCGGAGUCUUGUAAAGAAGCUCAGCUUAAUGCUUUCAAUCCUCAGUCAUGGCUCCAAGUUGAAAGAGGGAAGCUUGCCAAAUCCUCAUCUCAGCCUCCUGCUUCCAUAGAAUCUUUUGUUAAGGUCCCUGAACCACCAGUUCUUCCAUUCUUUAAACCUGUUGAUUAUGUAGAAGUUUUAGCCCAAAUUCAUGAGGAACUGGAGUCCUGCCCUCCAUGUGCGAGGUCAAAUCUCUAUUUGUUGCAGUAUCAAGUCUUUAAAGGCCUUGGGGAAGUCAAGCUGAUGCGGAGAUGUCUUGGGUCAGCGUGGAUGAAGGCAAGCACCAUUCAUGAGAACAUAAUUUUUGCAGCAUGGUUAAAAUAUGAGAAGCAAGGUGAAGAGCUAAUCUCUGAUCUGCUUUCAUCUUGUGGUAAAUGUGCGAAGGAGUUUGGCCCCAUAGAUAUUGCCUCUGAAUUCCCUGCUGAUUUAAGUAUGAGCUCCAUUGAAGUUGUUGCAAUGAAAGGGAAUCAGCUUGCUAGAACUGUCUCUUUCUGGAUUCACAAUGAGAAAAUAGAGUGUGAUAGGCAGAACAUUGCAGGGUUGUCAGAGCCAUUUAAUGCCAUGCUUAAUGGAGGUUUCAAAGAAUCACUGUGUGAGGACAUAGAUUUGUCUAAUAACAGCAUUUCCCCAGCAGGUAUGCGGGUUAUCACUGAGUUCAGCAGGACGGGCUGUUUAAAAGAAGUUCCCACACAGCUAUUGUUGGAAAUCUUGGUGUUUGCAAACAAAUUUUGCUGUGAGAAGCUGAAGGAUACUUGUGACAGAGCGCUUGCUUCCUUGGUUUCCUCCAGACAAGAUGCAGUGGAACUAAUGGAAUAUGCUCUUGAAGAGAAUUCCCCCGUCCUUGCUGCAUCAUGUUUGCAAGUGUUUCUGCAAGAACUACCUGACUCUCUUGAUGAUAAUCUGGUUGUUCAACUACUAUGUGAUGUUAAUAGACAGCAUAGAUCAAUCAUGGUUGGGCCAGCAUCUUUUUCACUCUACUCUUUGUUAAGUGAAGUUUCCAUGAACCUGGAUCCUCGAUCAGAUGAAACUGUUCUUUUCUUGGAGAGAUUGAUAGAGUCUGCUGAAACUAAUCAGCAGAGAUUGGUGGCAUAUCAUCAAUUGGGAUGUGUAAGACUACUGAGGAAAGAAUAUGAUGAAGCCGAACAGCUUUUCGAGGCAGCAUUAAAUGCAGGCCAUGUCUAUUCAGUUGUUGGUUUGGCCAGGCUUGGUUCCAUCAAGGGCCACAAGCUUUGGUCUUAUGAAAAACUUAGUUCUGUCAUUUCAUCAUCUGUCGCUCCACUUGGAUGGAUGUAUCAGGAGAGGUCGCUAUAUGGUGAAUCAAAGAUAAGGUGGGAAGACCUUAAUAAAGCAACUGAAUUGGACCCAACACUUACCUAUCCAUACAUGUAUAGGGCUGCAACCUUGAUGAAGAGACAAAAUGUUCAAGAUGCUCUUGCCGAAGUCAAUCGGGUUCUUGGGUUCAAACUAGCAUUAGAAUGCUUGGAACUCCGCUUUUGUUUCUAUCUGGCACUGGAGGACUAUGAAGCAGCCAUUUGUGAUGUACAGGCAAUUCUUACGCUUUCCCCAGACUAUAGGAUGUUUGAGGGAAGGGUUGCAGCUUCCCAACUCCGUACACUUGUAAGUGAGCAUGUUGAGAAUUGGACAGCAGCAGAUUGCUGGCUGCAACUCUAUGAUAAAUGGUCUUCAGUUGAUGAUAUUGGAUCCUUAUCUGUAAUUUAUCAGAUGCUUGAAUCUGAGGCAGCAAAGGGAGUUCUAUACUUCAGACAGUCUUUGCUUCUUCUUAGAUUAAAUUGUCCAGAAGCUGCCAUGCGGAGUUUACAGCUAGCUCGCCAGCAUGCUUCAAGUGAACAUGAGCGAUUGGUUUAUGAGGGAUGGAUCUUGUAUGAUACUGGUCACUGUAAGGAAGGGCUAAGGAAAGCAGAGGAAUCUAUUAGUCUUAAGAGAUCUUUUGAGGCCUUCUUUCUAAAAGCCUAUGCGUUGGCAGACAGCCAAGAUCAGUCUUGCUCUUCUACUGUUAUAUCACUUCUUCAAGAUGCCUUAAAGUGCCCUUCAGAUCGGCUACGAAAGGGUCAGGCUCUGAACAAUCUUGGAAGUGUUUACGUGGAUUGUGGGAAACUAGACUUAGCAGCUGAUUGCUACAUCAAUGCCCUUAAAAUCAGGCAUACCCGAGCUCACCAGGGUCUUGCUCGCGUCCAUUUCCUCAGAAACAAUAAGACUGCUGCAUAUGAGGAAAUGACUAAGCUGAUUGAAAGAGCUCGGAACAAUGCAUCUGCCUACGAGAAGAGAUCAGAAUACUGCGAGCGUGAACUCACAAAGGCCGAUCUAGAAAUGGUCACUCGUUUAGAUCCUCUCCGCGUCUACCCUUACAGAUAUCGUGCUGCAGUGUUGAUGGACAAUCACAAGGAGAGGGAGGCAAUAGCCGAGCUAUCAAGGGCGAUCGCAUUCAAAGCCGACCUGCACCUCCUGCAUUUGCGAGCAGCGUUUCACGAGCACGUCGGCGAUGUUCUUGGCGCGUUGAGAGACUGCCGGGCUGCGCUCUCGGUCGACCCAAACCAUCAAGAGAUGCUGGAACUUCAGAGCCGGGUACACAGCCAAGAGCCUUGAACUUCUUCUGCCCCCAGAAUGGAAGGAAGGAUAUAUAUGUUAAAAUUGCUUCACCUGUGUAUACUAGGGAUCUUAUGCUUGUAACAUCCAUCCAUGUUCUCUUCCUUCCUUGUAUCUUUUCAGAAAUUUUGUGAUCUCUUUGAAAAACCCAAGAAAAGAAGAAUUUUUUGGCAACAUUAUUUAGGUGAAUGUCAAAAUGGCCAUGCUUCCUGCUCCA